AUGUAUAAAAAUCCAAUAUUAAAUAAUGAAAGAAUAUAUCUACAGAGUGAUUUAUCUUACGAUUUUACUAAAAGUUCUUUGAAUGAUGAACAAUCUAUGGAAGAUGAAAAGUCACCAACAAUGUGGGAAGUUUUAAAAUGGUUGUUCAAUUGUAUAAAAAGUUUAUUCACAUCAUCUAUAAUAACUACUCCCGAAGUUGAAGUUCUGAAACCAAUUGAAGAAUCUACUGAAAUAGGUAUAUCAAGCGUUCUUCAAGAUUCAGAUUUAGAAAUUUUAGAGGAAAGAAUAAUUACAAAUGAUUAUCAUUUACUACAUCAUAAUGAAGAACAAUUCAUCAAAGAAAAUAGUAUACUAAUAGAGGAGGAGAGUUUUCAAGAGCAGCCAUUACCAGCACCAAAACGAACUACUUCUAAAUCAUCUCAACAAUUAAAACAAUUGGCAUUGAAAAAUUUAAAGUCACAAAAAUCUUCAAGAUCUUCACAAUAUGGAACUAAUCUAUCAAUUGCAAAACCAAUACGACAGAAGCCAAGAACCAGGAAAAGUCAAUCACCGUCAAUUCUACAAUAUCCCAAUGAAUCACAAAAUUUAUUUGAUAUCAGUCCAGUACCAACGAAUUACCAACAAUCAGUAUUAGAUUAUUAUAUUCCUUCCAAGCCAAAAUCCAUAAACAACUACUCCAUACUUGAUGAUCUAAUUCGAAGUCUAAAUUUUAAUAAAAUAACUUCAGCUUAUGAACAAUCACAAUCAAAAUUACAAGAUCUUAUCACCAAAAAAAGAUUAGCUUCAGUAUCAAAAAUCAAACCCUUAAACAAUGAUCAAUUAGUGAAAGUACAAACUAUUUGGAGUUCAAACCCUAGAAACAUUAUAAUUGAUAAAUAUUCUAUUGAAUUAUCCACUGGUGAUUUACAAACUUUACAAGAUGGUAGAUGGCUUAAUGAUAAUGUAAUUGAUUUUUAUUUUAAUAUUUUAAUGAAAGAAAAUCCAAAAGUUUUUGGUUGGACUACUCAUUUUUAUUCAACAUUAAAUCAAAAAGGUUACCAGGGAGUUCAAAGGUGGGCCAAAAGAAAGAAAUUAAAUUCUUUUGAAAAAGAUAAAAUCUUAGUACCUGUAAAUAUUAGUAACACUCAUUGGGCAUUAUCAGUGAUUGAUAAUAUAAAAAAGACUAUUGUGUAUUAUGAUUCAUUAAGUAUGUCUGGUAAUCCACAAGCUGUUGAAAACUUAAAAAUGUAUAUGGAUAAAGAAGCUGAAAGAUUGGGUUGUCCAGCAAUUAAUUAUAAGUUGAUUUCACAUAUUGAUUCACCUCAACAACAAAAUGGAUCAGAUUGUGGUGUUUUUACGUGUACUGCCGCAAAGUAUAUUUCAAAAGAUGAAGACUUGAAUUAUUCACAAAAGGAUAUGAAAUUAAUCAGACGUCGGAUGGUUUAUGAAAUGAUUAGUGAUAAAUUUCUUAGUUAG